CCUCCCGUUCUGUAGAUGGUCUUUGCCCAGCACGAUGGGGGACAGCGAUGAUGAAUACGAUCGCAGGCGCAGGGACAAAUUCCGACGUGAGAGGAGCGACUACGAUCGCUCUCGAGAGCGUGAUGACAGGCGCCGAGAUGACUGGAGUGACAGGGAGUGGGACCGAGGCCGAGAACGCCGGAGCCGAGGUGAAUACCGUGAUUAUGACCGGAGCAGGCGGGAGCGGUUCUCCCCCCCUCGUCACGAGCUGAGUCCGCCACAGAAACGCAUGAGACGCGAUUGGGAUGAGCACACGGCAGAUCCCUAUCACACUGGCUAUGAGAUGCCUUACAGCGGGGUCUCCACUGGUCCAUCGUACGGGCCUCCGCAGCCUUGGGCACACCCCGAGAUGCACGUGACGCAGCAUCACAUCCUCCCCAUCCAAGCCAGGCUGGGGAAUAUUGCGGAAGUGGACUUGGGUAUUGCUCCCCCCGUCAUGAAGAGCUUUAAGGAGUUCCUCCUCUCCUUGGAUGACUCCGUUGACGAGACGGAAGCCGUGAAGCGCUACAACGACUACAAGCUAGACUUCCGUCGCCAGCAGAUGCAGGACUUCUUCCUAGCCCACAAGGAUGAAGAGUGGUUCCGGUCCAAGUAUCACCCGGAAGAAGCCGGGCGGAGGAAGCAGGAGGCCCAGAAUGCUCUCCAGAACCGGCUCAGCGUCUUCCUCUACUUGAUGGACAGUGGCUGGUUUGAGGGCUUGCAGCUGGACAUUGACAAGGCCAGCGCCAUCAUCAAGGUCCUGGAUGCCGCUGUCAUUAAGAUGGAAGGGGGGACGGACCAUGAUUUGAAGAUCCUGGAUCAGGAGGAGGAGGAGGAGCGGCAGGAGAAGGCAGAGCCAGGGAAGAAGGAGGAGAACCGGCUGCCAGAGCAGGACCGGAAAGUCUCCGAGAAGGAGGAGAAGAAAGAGGAGGCCAAGAAGGCCAAGACUGUCGACGAGGAAGCUGCAGAGGAGAAGGCGAAGAAGGCCUUGGAAGAAGAGGAGAAGAGGGCGGACAAGAAGGAGGAGCCGGACAAGGACGCAAAGAAGACCAGCCACAAGCACAAGCGGAAGCGCAGCGGGAACGACAGCUAUGACGAGGGCAGUGUUUCGGAGUCCGACACCGAUUCAGAAAGCGGGCGCCCGCAAGGGGAGGACAAGGAAGACAAGAAGCCCAAGGAGGAGCAGACUGCCCCGAAGGAUGGGGAGGGGUCUCCCAAAGGCAAGGAGAAAGAUGGGGAGGCCAAGCCGCGCGCGCUGCACAAGACCUGCUCUCUCUUCGUGCGCAACAUCGCCCCCAACAUCCCCCAGGCAGAGAUUGUGGCGUUCUGCAAAAGAUACCCCGGCUUUAUGAGAGUGGCUCUUUCAGACCCUCAGCCAGAAAGGAGGUUUUUCAGAAGGGGCUGGGUGACGUUUGAUCGGAGCGUCAACAUCAAGGAAAUCUGCUGGAACCUCCAGAACAUUCGGCUGCGAGACUGCGAACUGAGCCCCGGGGUCAACCGAGAUCUCACACGCCGGGUCCGCAACAUCAACGGCAUUACGCAGCACAAGCAGAUCUUGCGCAACGACAUCAAGCUGGCGGCCAAGCUGAUCCACGCCAUGGAUGACCGCACCCAGUUGUGGGGGGCCGGAGAGGCCCAGCUGCCCUCUGAGGUUUCGAACUUGCCUUCCCAGAAUCCCAUCCUGAAGAACAUCACCGACUACCUGAUCGAAGAGGUCAGCGCGGAAGAGGAAGAGCUGCUUGGCAGAAGCGGGGAGCCGUCGGAAGAGCCCCCCAAAGAGGGGAACCCGGCUGAGAUCACGGUGGAGAGAGACGAGAAGCUCGUCAAGGUGCUGGACAAGCUGCUUCUGUACCUGCGCAUCGUUCACUCGGUGGACUAUUACAACACCUCUGAGUACCUCAACGAGGACGAGAUGCCCAACCGCUGCGGGAUCAUCCACGUGCGAGGGCCGAUACCUCCCAAUCGCGUCACUCACAGGGAAGUGGCUGAGUGGCAGAAGACUUUUGAGGAGAAACUGAUGCCCCUGUUCAGCGUCCGGGAGUCCCUCUCGGAGGAGGAAGCUCUCAAGAUGGGCAAGAAGGAUCCCGAGCAGGAAGUGGAAAAGUUUGUCACCGCCAACACCCAGGAGCUGGGGAAGGACAAGUGGCAGUGCCCGCUCAGCGGAAAGAAGUUCAAGGGCCCCGAGUUUGUGCGCAAGCACAUCUUCAACAAGCACGCAGAGAAGAUCGAGGAGGUGAAGAAAGAGGUGGCCUUCUUCAACAACUUCCUCAUGGACGCCAAGAGGCCGGCCCUGCCCGAGCUCAAGCUGAACCAGCCGCCAGUCCCCGGACAGGGCCUGGCGCCAGGGUUACCCUACCCACCGCAGGCCCCCCAGGGACUGAUGCCCUAUGGACAGCCGCGCCCGCCCAUCCUGGGAUACGGAGGUGGUCCUCCAUAUCCUCCUGCUCCAUAUGCCGCCGGGAGGGGCAACUAUGACACCUUUCGCGGGCAGGCCGGAUACCUGAAUAAACCACGGAACAGGAUGGUUCGAGGGGACCCGCGUGCCAUUGUAGAGUACCGAGACCUGGAUGCUCCCGAGGAUGUUGACUUCUUCUGAGCCCCACCAAGUUGGCUUCAAGUCCCCCCCCAGCUUUUUUUUUAAGGACGCUGCAUCCUGCUUGCCCUCCCUGUGUGUGUGAAGCCACCGCCUCCCCCAGUUCUGGGCCCAUGUUUUUGACACGUCUACUGAUUUUAUGUGUUUAGUUGUAAUUGGAUUUCAAUAAACCCCCUGAACACCGUU